GGAGCCGAACAUCGCCGAGCGGAGCCGAACAUCGCCGAGCGGAGCCGCGCGCCCGGCGAUAUGGAGGAGGUUGUCGGUCGGUGCAAUGUCCGGGCGGGCGGGCGAGUGUUGGUGUCGCCACUCGGCGCUCAGGCGGCGACGGCCUCCGAGGGCGACAGGAAGCGGGAGCAGGAGAAACUGUCCGGGGUGGUGAAGAACGUCCAUCGGAAACUGCGCAAGAAAUAUCGAGAGGUGGGAGAUUUUGACAAGAUCUGGCGUGAACACUGUGAAGAUGAAGAGACUCUAAGUGAAUAUGCUCUUGCAAUGAAGAAUUUGGCAGAUAAUCAUUGGGCUAAAAGCUGUGAGGGUGAGGGACGGAUUGAGUGGUGUCGAAGUGUUUGUCAAGAAUAUUUUCUGAAUGGUGGAAUGAAGAGAGUACUUGAAAAAGACGAGAAAAGGGCCCGACUUGCUAUUUCCAUGGCUACUCCAAUGUUCAGCUUGCAAACAUCUGAAAAGAAAGAUGAUCAUUCUGCCACCAAUGGUGUAGUGACGGGUUUGAAUGCUGCUUUCACAAAUUUAUUAUGCUUUUCAGGAAAGAUCCGACUGCUGGAUGUUGGCAGCUGUUUUAAUCCAUUUUUGAAGUUUGAUGAAUAUCUAGCAGUUGGUAUUGACAUUGUGCCUGCAGUAGAGAGUGUGUAUAAAUGUGAUUUCCUCAAUCUUCAGUUGCAGCAGCCUCUCCAGCUUGCUCAAGAUACAAUCGAUGCCUUUCUCAAACAGCUAAGAAGUCCUAUUGACUCCCUCCCAGGAGAACUGUUCCAUAUAGUUGUGUUUUCUCUUCUGCUGUCUUAUUUUCCUGCCCCUUAUCAACGGUGGAUCUGCUGUAAGAAAGCCCAUGAACUACUUGCACUCCAUGGUUUGCUCCUAAUAAUCACACCCGAUUCCUCUCACCAGAAUCGUCAUGCCUAUAUGAUUAAGAGCUGGAAAACUGCUAUAGAAUCUUUGGGAUUCAAAAGAUAUAAAUAUGUGAAGUUCUCCCACAUGCAUCUGUUAGCUUUUCGGAAAAUUUCACUGCAGACAACAAGCGACUUGGUCAGCAGAAAUUACCCAGAGAUGCUGUUUAUUCCACAGGAUUUCAACAAUGUGGAUGAUGAAGAUUGCUCAGAAACUAAUUGCCAAGAUCGCUCAGAAAGUGAAGAUGACCAGAUAGCUUACAGUUUUACGGAGCUACCUGAUGGUCCAUAUGACUCGGACUCUGGGGAGAGCCAAGCGAGCUCUAUUCCAUUCCAUGAAAUGGAAGAUCCAGUUUUGCUUUUAAGCUAACCAGGACUGGUGAUUAGUUUGCUAUCAGAGCUGCUGUGUUGCCAAAAUAAUUCUGCAUUGCAUAACUCUCGUAUUAAAAACAGAAGAUGCAGUACAAUUUGCACAUAGAAAAUGUGAAGCGUUUACAAAAUGGGCUAUUCUUCCCAUCCAUUAGAAAAAUUGAAGGCACUUGCGAGGUAUGUAAAUAGAACGAACACUUUGUCAUGUCAUUAAGGCAACAAGUGUAAAUCACAAGGAAGCUUACUUCUUAAAUGAUAUGGUGAUGUAAAUGUCAGAUACUGCAAUAGUUCUGUCAGCCUUGUGAACUGAAAGUUAAGUAAGGCAUCUUGUAUUUUGAUGUAUCACAAGUGGUAAUGUCAUUUACUUACAGCUGCAGCAUAAACAGCAAAACGAUAAAGUAACAAUUGGGCUGAUAGUGAGAGGGGGAAAUCGGACUGAAUGGUCAGUGUUGUAUCAUUCUUUGAUUCUAGCUUUUCUCGACGGAUCAUAUUACUGCUCUCCUAGUUGGCUGACAUUACUAAUUUGCGAGCUGCUGGGACAUUAUUUAAACAAUCUGCAAAUUCUGGUGCAUUUGUUGCUUCUCCUUUGUUGCUUUGGUAGAUUGGAAUGCAAAUGGAAAAUACAUUUCUGUUGACAACCUGUAGUUAGGCUAUAAUUCGCACAACUUUUGUGUGAAAUUGUACAGUUAGUCCCACACAAUUCAAUGUUAAGUUAUCUUGACAAUUUUUUUUCUGUUCAGUUUUUGAACAAACGAGCAUUGGUCUUGUUGAAAGACAUGCUGUCUUGUCCUUGUGACCUUUGGUUGAUGACCUUACAAGAAGAAAAAUGGUGUUGUGGUCUGUAGUCUAUAUCUGUUAGAAAGCUGUCAGAAGUAUGUUGUGAAACAAAAGAGGUCUUUUUGCAUAAUUAUGUGCCACAAAACUAGACAGUUACCUGAAAUUCAUCUUAUUUUAGACGUUAGUAAUCCACAGCUUUUUCACGCUGUUACUUUCUAACACAUCAAAUAGAGAUUUGUGCACAGAUUACCCAUUCAAGAGCAAAUAAUAUUUACUUGAAAAUAAUUUUCAUCUAUGCAAUCAAAAAAUAUAUUGCAAACGAUGUGGUUUACUUCCUGCUUGGAAUAUGCCUUUCUUUAUUUUGUAUCCUAUAAAUCAACAGAUAGAUAAACACCCUUUCACUUCUGUCGAAGAUGUACUUAUUUUUGCGUUUGGCCCAGUAAAUAUCACCUGAAAAACUGAAAUAUUCAAGCUUGUUACCCAACAUUGGUUGUUUAUACCAUGUAAAAUAAUACUUGCGGAAAAUGUAGCGGUUUAACGUUAGCCGAGGAAACCCUGCUGAAAACAUUAAUGCCAAAGUGUAGAUUAGUUAAAUGGCACAUUUGGGACUAAAAUAUUUCCAAAAGUUCUUUUCAUAUUUUGGCUUGCAUGAUCUGCUUAUGUUGAACAUGGGAAAUUACACUGCUGUCUGAUAUCUUUCUUGUUUUUGUAUCUGCUCCACUAAAAUUAAUGUGACCUUUUUCUACACUGUAAUUUUCAUUUUCCUACUGGAAGUGCUUUAAAAUUAUUUUCAUUGAUAGUCACAGGCUGUUAAAAUGCAUCACGGUUGUUUAUCUGCCUUUUUUUUUAAAUUAAAAAAAAUUUAAUUGAGCUUUUUUUUUGCUAAUUCAAAGUGAGAAAUUUACACUAAUCUCAUGCCCCAGUAAUUUCCCUGUUAUUUUUCUGGACUGUUCAAUUUUGGAUAUUUAACCAACUCCCUUGAAAAAAUGUAUAUGUUCUAUGACGAUGGUCACUUGUAAAAUGUGGACACUUGGAGAUAAAUCAUUUAGUUUGGUAAUCUACCUGUGGCAGGAAAAACUGAAGAACAUUCCAAAGACAAUUAAAUUUUAUUUUGUGGUUAGACAAAAAUGCUGGAGAAACUCAGUGGGUGAUGCAGCAUCUAUGGAGCAAAGGAAAUAGGCAACGUUUUGGGUCGAAACCUUUCUUCAGACUGAUGCUGCCUCACCCGCUGAGUUUCUCCAGCAUUUUUGUCUACCUUCGAUAUUCCAGCAUCUGCAGUUCCUUCUUAAAAAUUUAUUUUGUGAUUGAUUAAAUAAAAUGGUUUUCUGCAGUCAUACCACGGUUUAAUUAAAUUUUUCUUUGGAUUUGUGGGUACUUUGAGAAUUAACUAACUUCUUAACUCUUGAUUCCUGAAGGACCUUCACUUUUAAUUUGCUUCUUUAAAUGCAUUCAAACUACAAAUGUGGCAUUCGAAUCCUACGGCUGAACCUAAUGAUAUGGUAUGAACUGACAGUGAAAUGAGGAGUAAAUAUUGCUGAAAUGAUGAAAUCUCUGCAUUGCUAAACUUCUGAUUAAUAUUAAAUGAUUUAAACACUCAGUUAAAAUCAUUUUGCAUCAAUGCUACAUUUGCAGCAUGAAUAUACCCAAAAAUGACCAAAAACUGCAAUUUUCAGAACAUGUCUCAUUCUGAAUGUUCUAAGUGUAUAAUUAUUAACUCCAGCAGUUAAAUGUUUUCUCUGCAAAUUAAUUGUAAUUUUAUAGUGAAUUUUUUAUCUUGAUAAAUUCAUUGAAGAAUCAUUAAAAUUUGGAGCCAUUUUAAUAACGCUAAUCAUAUACUUUCAUUUGACGUUUCUUAAUAUAUUGGGAGAACUGUUUUAUCGUCUGCCUGUCUAUCUUACUAAACAAGUACCCAAAGUACCUCUUCCGUCUUGUUAACGAAUGCUUUGAUGUUGGGGGGGAAACUAGUAUAUAAAGAAUACUCGGACAAAACAUAUUUCAAUAUCAUUAAUUGAAUUACCAAAUCAUGAUCACUAUCAAUUCUUACCUUUUAUUUUCUAUUAAUUUAUGAUUUGUACAAAUCAAUAAGCUGGCAGUUGAUUAUUUGAACAGGAUUAUUUAUUUGUUAUUGUUUCUGACAUUUGAUUGUGUAAUGAGUUUGGAAACAGACUGUCAGUAUAGUACACAUUCAAAUGGAUAUGGUCAUUUAUGUGAAGUGCUGGUAAUUGCAGGUAACAAGAAUUACCAGCAAAUGUAAUUAGUAAAAUCGAGUGAGUGAUCAAACUUUUUGAUCCUACAGGAAUAUACAAUUUGAAAAGAUUCCCAUAUACUUAAAUUAAAAAGAGCAAUUAAUAAAUGCUAUAGUUAAAAAAAUUUAAUUCACAUUUCCCCCAAAAAAGCACAUUUCUGCAUGAAUUUUAUAGUAUUAAUGUGCAACAAUGAAAAAUUAGAAUGUUAUUGAAGUGUGAGGAUAGGAGUAAUUUACUUAGCAUUUGAAAAAAUUGUUCAAGAUAUUCUGUUCAGCAGCCAAAGGUUAGGUAAAAGGCGUUUUGGAAAUACCACUGUGUGGAAUUGCCUCAGUAUUAAAUUUGUUUACCUCAUAAUGACGCUUUGCACUUAAAUCUUGUGACCUAGGUUAAAACUAAUUUAUUUUUUAGUAAACCAGCUGAUAUUCCAUUUUCUCUUUAAUUGUUUAAAUUUGUUUUCUUGUUAUUUUCUGCGACAUUAGAAUUAAAAUUUUGCACGU